ACGUCAUCAGUCGACGUCCACUUGUAAUGACGUCAGUGGUGACUUAGAAAGUCUCUGCUGUUUUAUAAAUUAUAAUUACUUUUUUAUCCGAAUGCGCAGCAGUUUUCUAAGCCACAAAAUGGCACAAAGUACAAAUGUGCAAAAUUGAAAGGUCAAACUAAAGUGGACUCUGGCAGCUCAGCUAUGCCUCAGAAGCUCCAGAAGAGCGCCCAGACGACGCACUACAUUGAGCUGGGAGGGUACCAGUACUGGCCGGUGCUAGUUCCACGUGGUAUCAGACUGUACACCUACGAACAGAUCCCAGUCUUUCUGAGGGAGAACCCGUACAUCACAGAUGGAUACAGAGCCUACCUGCCCUCCAAACUGUGCAUCAAAAGCCUCUUUAUUCUGUCCAAUGAGACUGUGAAUAUCUGGAGCCAUCUGCUGGGCUUCCUGCUUUUCUUCUGUCUCGGUGUGUACAACAUGGUGUCAGUGCUGCCGGCGGUUGGAGCCUCCAGAGAAGAUUAUGUCAUCUACUCCAUAGGACUCUUCUGCUUCCAGCUGUGCAUGCUUUGCUCGGUGGGCUACCACCUCUUUUGUUGCCACCGCUCAGAGAAGACCAGCCGCCGCUGGAUGGCGCUCGACUACGCCGGAGUUUCCAUCGGCAUCCUGGGCUGUUACGUACCAGGAGUCUUCUACACCUUCUACUGCAAUAACUACUGGCGACAGGUUUACCUGGUGACGGUUCUGGCCAUGAUCCUGGCCGUGUUCUUCGCUCAGAUCCACCCACAUUACCUCAGCGCGCAGUUGAAGCAGCUGCGCUCGCUCGUCUUCUGCUCGGUGGCAGCGUACGGACUCGUCCUCACCGUCCACUGGAUCUGCAUCACAGGAGGCUUUGGCUCCGAGCUCGUCCAGGCAUUUGUUCCGCGGGUGUUGGGGAUGUACUUCCUCGCUGUGGUAGCCUUCGUUUUCUAUGUUUCUAAAGUCCCUGAACGCUACUUUCCAGGUCAGCUGAACUAUGUGGGUUCCAGUCACCAGGUUUGGCACGUGCUGCUGGUGCUGAUGUUUUACUGGUGGCACGAGUCGUCGGGCUUCAUCAUGGCGUACAGACACAGCCAGCCGUGCCCCGACAUCCCCCAACACUCCUAAACGCCACCAGCCCCACCACGUGUAAGCUGCUGCUGCAGAGUGGAGUGUGGCUGCAAACUGUCCCAGCAUGCACUGGGUUUCGGCAGGAAGUGGGUCAUUGACGACCCCCCUGGGAGCAUCACCUGACUCACACGUCACUGGAACGCAGAUGGGAAUCGAACCUGCAACCUCCUGGCUGUGAGGUGACAUUUUAA